GUUCGUAGCAUGUUCAUCAGACUGCACUCCAUUGGACGCAUCGGCAUGGACAACAGCAGCGCGUGGUCGGGCCUUGAGCUCACGAUGGAGGAGUGCGAGAUCCUCGACGUCAUCUGCCCAUCGGCGUCGUCCCCGAGCUCCGAGUCGUCGGACGAGCAGCAGCGCAAGCGGCGCCACGCCGCCAAGCUCGCCACGCAACGCACACAGCGCCACCGCAAGAAGCAGCAGGACGAGCUCAUGUACUUGAAGCGCAAGGUCGACGAGCUGCAAGCCCAACUCAAGCAGCUUACCGUAUCACAGAAGGCGCUUUCUGCCGAGCCAGCGAGCAAGUGGGAGAAGCUGGCCAGGGACGAGCGCAAGCGCCAGCAAGACGUGUCGAGUGAGAACAGCCGCCUCAAAGCGGCCGUCGAAGAGCAGGUUCAGUUUGCUGAGUGCCUCGUCGAGAUGAUCAAGAAGCGGCCGCGUCUGACGCUCGCAAAUGAAGAAACCCGGGACCAGUGGAAGCUUCUGAAGCUCGUGGCCGAGCCCACUGCGCGCCUCGAAGCGAUCCACGCCAUCGCCGACCGCGAGUACGCCAAGAUCGAUAGUGUCUUCAUCGAGGCUGGUAUCGUCGACGUCGGCGCCGGGGAUCGCCGGCGCGCCAUGCCAGUCAUGCUCAGCAACGGCGACAUUGAAGUGCAGGAGAUUGUCUACGGCCGCUUUGCGGUGCCGCUCUUCAUCGUGGCCGAGGCGGCCUGGGACGUGCUUCGCGGUGCAGUUGAGCUCCAGGCUUUUCCAGGCCACUACACGAUCGUCGAAGAUGUCGACGCCUCGACGUCAUACAUCAACGCGCUCUGUCUCCACGAGCUCGGCAACUCGCAGUCGCGGGCCAUUGUCAAAAAAUACAUGGAGUCGCCGUCACGCUGCGUCAUUGUCUGCCGAAGUGUCAUGGAAGACGACGCCAAGCCCCUCGACCCUGCGUACGACGUUUGCGACGAAGUCAUGUGGCUCUCCUUGGAUAUGGACGAGGCCGGCGUCGCUCUCGGGCGCUUUGUCCAGAAAGCUCGACUGCGUCCGGGUGAGCUCGGUGCAGGCGGCGUUGUGCCUGACUAUUUGAUGGACGCCUUCACAGAGAGCACCAAGACGUUUGAGAAUGCGAUCAAAACUCGGAUUGAAAAGCUCAUGGGCGGCUGCUGCCAACCAUGGACGGUGUAA